AUACAAUUACUUUAUUUUGAAUUUUGACUGUAAUGGACGACAGAGGAAACAACACACCGGCAAUCGGCAUCGACCUCGGAACAACCUACUCAUGUGUCGCUGUUUGGAAGCAUGAUCGCAUCCAAAUCAUUCCCAAUGAUCAAGGCAACAGAACCACACCUUCUUGUGUUGCUUUCGUUGAUGCCGAACGCCUCAUCGGCGAUGGCGCCAUAAACAAAGCCGCCAUGAACCCUGCUAACACUAUAUUUGAUGCUAAGAGGCUGAUUGGAAGGAGAUUCGGUGAUUCCAAAGUGCAGGAUGACAUCAAGUUGUGGCCUUUUAGGGUCAUAGAAGGGCCUGUCGACACACCAAAGAUUGUUGUCUCCUUCAAAGGUGAAGAGAAGGAAUUUUUGGCUGAAGAAAUUUCAUCGAUGAUUCUUGGGAAGAUGAAAGAAACUGCUGAGACAUACCUUGGAAAACCUGUGAAAGAUGCUGUGAUAACAGUUCCAGCUUACUUCAACGAUUCACAACGUCAAGCAACAAAGGAUGCUGGAGCUAUUGCUGGACUUAAUGUCAUCCGCAUCAUCAAUGAACCUACAGCAGCUGCAAUUGCUUAUGGUUUGGACAAUAAGACUGACAUUAAUGGCAAGAUCAACGUGCUCAUCUUUGAUCUGGGUGGUGGCACUUUUGAUGGAUCUCUAUUGACCAUUGCUGAAGGGGGUACCAUUGAGGUGAAAGCUGUUGCAGGUGACACUCAUUUGGGAGGUGAGGAUUUUGAUAACCGCAUGGUGGAUCAUUGUGGUCGGGAAUUCAAGAGGAGAUGGAAUAAAGACUUGAGUGAGAACAAAAGAGCAUUGGGGAGGUUGAGAUUUGCUUGUGAGAAAGCAAAAAGGAUUCUCUCAUGUAGUACUCAGACUUCAAUUGAACUAGAUGGCUUGCAUGAGGCCAUUGAUUUCUCCAUGAAAUUCAGUCGAGCUAAAUUUGAAGAGCUCAACAUGAGUUUCUUUAGUAAAUGUAUUGAGAUUGUGGAGGAAUGUUUAAGGGAUGCAAAGAUGGAGAAAUCGUGUGUAAAUGAGGUGAUUCUUGUUGGUGGCUCAACUAGAAUACCAAAGGUCCAGUGUAUGUUGCAGGAGUUUUUUGAAAGGAAGGAGUUGUGCAAGAGUGUGAACCCUGAUGAGGCUGUUGCGUAUGGUGCAGCUGUUAUGGCUGCAAAGUUAAGUGGUAACAAUCAUAAGAGUUGUCAAGAUUUGUUGUUAUUGGAUGUCACUCCUUUAUCUCUUGGUGUGGAAGUAAAAGGAGAUAUAUUGAGUGUUGUGAUCCCUCGGAACACUCCAAUACCUACCAAGAAAUCUAAAAAAUUUUGUACAAGUGAGGACAAUCAAUUUUUGACAACUAUCAUGGUGUAUCAAGGUGAACGAGCCAGAUCUAAAGAUAACCAUUUGUUGGGAGAGUUCACAAUUUCUGGAAUACCACUGGCUCCAAAAGGAGUUAUAAAAUUUAUGGAAACCUUUGAAAUAGAUGCCAAUGGUAUCCUCACAGUCACAUCGGAGAUAAUAUCAACUGGUAAGACUGAGAAACUCACGAUUACUAACGAAAAUGGAAGACUCUCAAAGGAACAAAUGGAGAAGAUGGUUAAAGAUGCUGAGAAUUACAAACAGGAGGACAGAGAAUACAAGAAGAAAGCAGAUGCAUUGAAUGCAUUGGAGGAUUGCAUAUACAACAUGAAGUAUAAGAUAAAAAAUAUGACGAGAGGUAAGAGGUCGAGGAAAAUGGAGGUUGCUAUUGCUGACACAACCAAGUGGAUCGAGCACAAUGAAGCUGCAUCUGUUGAUGAGGUUCAACGCAUGAAGGAACAUCUGGAGUCUCUAUGCAUGGACGAGUUUUAG